AUGAGGAACAUAACCUCAUUGACGCUCCUGGCUUUGGUGACGAUCGCCUGCGGUAUUCGUUUCCACGUACCCGCAAAUAAUAAGAAAUGCAUGAAAGAAGAAAUUCAUAAAAAUAUCGUUGUUACCGGUGAAUACGAGUUCAGCGAAGGAAUCGGCUAUACAGGCAGUGUCCAUGUGACAGACACACGAGGACAUACGCUGUACAAACGGGAGAAGUUCAGCGAUUUGAAGGGAAAGUUCGCUUUCACAGCGGAUGAGUACGACAUUUUCGAAAUCUGCAUCAGCAAUCAUGCUCCUAUUACGACAGGUCAUGUACAACCCCGAGAGGUAUCAUUGAAGAUGAAACAUGGAGUCGAAGCGAAAAACUACGAGGAUCUCGCCAAAGCAGAGCAGCUGAAGCCGCUUGAGGUCGAAUUGCGACGUCUAGAAGAUCUGUCCGAUCAAAUUGUGAAAGAUUUCGCCUUCAUGCGACAGCGAGAAGAGGAGAUGAGAAACACAAACGAGUCCACAAACAGCCGUGUAUUGUACCUAUCUAUUUUCUCUAUGCUUUGUCUUCUGGCCUUGGCUAUAUGGCAGGUGAUGUUCUUGCGCAACUAUUUCAAGGCAAAGAAGCUCAUUGACUGA